AUGAAAUUUCGUGCUAAGACGGUAGUGGCAAUACAAUGCCUUCAGAAGAGAAAGGCUAAGAUUCAUGAGGAGGUCGUGGAUGUACAGUCGAGGACGAGAAAGGCUGAGGAGGAGCUGAAGGCCGUCGUUGCGGAGUACGAGGGGAAAAAUAAGGGUUUCACAGAUGAUAGACUGCAACUGCAACAUCAAAUACGACAUCUCAAGGCGACCCUACUCGGUGAAGGAGGGCGGAGCGACGCAGGAGCUUCCCAGUUAGCGGCUUGUGAGGCCCAGCGGACGAAGGCUGAUACAGCGUAUACGCAUUUGAAUGCUUAUGCUCAGCAGGCUAGGAAUUUCGUGGCGCGUGACGCGGAUGUCGAGCUGGUUGGUGUCUUCGUCUUCGCAACCGCCGACCAACAGCAGCUCGUCGAGCAGUUCGUCAGCUGCGUUCUGCUCACUCAGCUGGACUCGACGGACGGAGGGCUGCAUCUUCACGUUCGGGUAGGGAGACCGGAGGCGGCCAGGGCUCGAUCCACAUUCGUGGUCUUUGCCGAGCCUGACAAUCUAGUCUUCGACAGGUCGAGUAGUGUAUGCUGCAUGGCACUCGGGGAGGGUCGGGCACUCUGUGAUGACGGCCUCUUCGCAAUACGCUGUACCCAAGAGGGCAUCCAAAUGGUCAGAGACCUCCGCCAGCGCCUGGCCACUGUCGAGCCCCGGACCCUCGAUUCCGACCGGAACGUCUAUGCCGCUCUCAACUGGGGGCUCAAGUCCCUGCCUCGCUCCGAAGUGAAGUACCUUCCCGUAGGGACCUACCGGAACCUCCUUGGGAACGACAGGCUGGUCACCAGCUAUGAUGCUCGUACCAUGUUGAAGGCGUAUCGAGCCACUCCUCCACUGGGAGAGGCCGAAUCCCCGGAGGUAGCUCUGGAACAUUUGCUGAGGAUCAGAGCCAACGUUCUGGAGGAGAAACUCGCCAUGACGGAAAUUGAUGUACGAUCGGAGGUAGCAGUAGGGUAUCUACCAUUGCUGAAGACCUGUAUCUACUCUCUCAAGACGGUCACCCCCUAUACGGCGGGAGAAGACGUUAUGAACGCCAUCAUGGCCGGCGACUUGGCCGCUGUGGCUGAGGUCCAGCUCCAGGGGAGAGAUCGGCGAUCGACUCUCGACAAAUGUCGUGAAUGGCUACCGCCUAUCCCAUCGUAUUCGGAGAAGCUGGACGCGCUGGUAGAGCGGUGGAUGAAGGAGAGAUAUUAUUCGGACCCGAUACCUUAUGGUCAUCCCCUUCAAGUGCCGCCGGCUUGGAGUCGGGUCAUGCCACAAUUGUCGAGACCACGGCAUGCAGUGGAUGGAAGUAUUGCUGCACAAGGUGACCAAAUGGCCAUGGCGGAGGGUCCGAUGGAGGUGUGGUCGCAGCCCGGUCAGGCCAAGAUUGACGGUGUGGAGGAUCUGGGCCCAGAGGGGGGUCGAGAGCACCUUCUAGUGAACCCGCUGAAGUUGGCCGGGACCAGAGGGGAGAAGAGCAUCAAUCCUAUGCUGGCCUUCGAGCUGAUGGAUGCCGUCGAUAGAGAGGCGAGGGCCAACGGGGUACCUCUCGGUCGGUCGUCACGUGAGUCUGCGUGCUGCAUCCCCGUACUAGGGUACAUCCUCGGUGUCAACGCUGAAGAUAGCACCGCCGUUCCUGCUGCCUCCACCUACUUGUUGCCGGCUAAAUCGGGGCUUGUUCUGUCUGAGCUCCGGUCUCUGUGCUCCAUGUGCAAGUUGGUGCGAAAUGAUCAGCGUGUGUGCAUCUCAACGCAGGAGGCCAACGUCAGUCCACUACGGAAAACACUGCAGCACGAGACAUACUACUAUAACGACGUGAUGAAGCAUCUCUUCAACGAGUAUCCGCACGCAGAGGUGAGGUCCUUAGACUUCCUUUCUAAGCUGGCAUGGGGCCAGCCGGUGCAUCUCCGACAGUCAGAGCUAGUUUACACCAAGUUGCCAACAAUAGACCAAGUGGGACCACUCAAGAACGUGAAGGUUGUCCCAAUACCAAAGGCACAAGGCCCAGCCGAGUGGUGGAGCGGUGGAGUGAACAUCAUGCGCCGUAAUGGGAAGGCUCCCAACGGCGGUGUCACAGACAUCGCUGCUGUGACUUAG